CUGGACCGUCCAGCAACCAGCCCCACUUCAUGGCCAGCUUCUUCCUUACCUACUAUUCCCAGCCACUUCCUCCUCAGUCCAGCAAUCUGCAUCCGAAACCCAUACACCAUCUAGCUCCAGUCCCACGGCCAGCACCACACCACAUACACUGCACAACCCACUAACCAGCCCUGUAACCAGCCCGAUCAACCCACUGAUCAGCCCUGUACCUAACCCAACCAGUUCACUAUCCAGCCCCUCGGACAGUCCACCAUCCAGUCCUACGUCUAGUCCGUAAUCCAGCCCCUCAGACUGUCCAACAUCCAGUCCUUCCCCUCCUCACAAAUCCCUUCCUCCAGUUAAUCAUCACCCAAUGCAAACUCUAGUUAAAGAUGGUAUUUAUAAGCCCAAAACAAUCUUUAAUUUAAGUGUGUUUUCGCCUCCGGAUGAUCCUACGUGUUUUUCAGAAGCUCAAAAACAUUUUAUUUGGCGGGCUGCCAUGGCUGAUGAAUUUAAUGCGCUACUUUCUAAUCAAACUUGGGAUUUGGUACCUUGGGAUGACUUGAAAAAUGUGGUUGGAUGUAAGUGGGUUUACUAAGACGAAAUAUAAUUCUGAUGGGACUGUUGAGCGCCACAAGGCGCGUUUAUUUGCUCAAGGUUUUAAGCAGCAGGCUGGGGUUGAUUUUACUGAAACCUUUAGUCUUGUGGUUAAACCUACUACUGUGCGUCUGGUUUUAUCUAUUGUUGUCUCUCUUGGUUGGUGUAUACGUCAAUUAGACGUCAAAAAUGCAUUUCUUCACGGGCACCUUACAGAGGAGGUUUAUAUGCGUCAACCUCCAGGUUUUAUUCAUCCCUCUUUUCCUCAUCAUGUGUGUCGUCUCAGCAAGGCGUUAUAUGGUCUUAAACAGGCUCCCAGAGCAUGGUUUCACAGGUUCAGUGGUUUCCUCUUAUAUCAUGGUUUUACUCAAAGUAAAUCUGAUUCUUCCAUGUUUGUUUACAGUCAACAGUCUCAGAUUGUUUACAUUCUUCUUUAUGUGGACGAUAUUUUAAUUACUAGCUCCUCGCUACCUCUUGUCCGCUCUAUCAUUGAUUCUUUGUCUACUCAGUUUGCCAUGAAGGACUUGGGGGACAUUCACUUUUUCCCGGGCCUUCAAACCCGGCGUACCACCAAGGGUCUUUUUAUCUCUCAGCAAAAAUAUAUCUCCGAUUUAUUACGCCGGUUCCAUCUUCAUACUGUCAUACCAGUUCGUACACCUUUACCUUCCCGAACCACUCUUUCUCUCACAGAUGGUGAACUUCUUACUGAUGCUACCGAGUAUCGCAGUAUGGUAGGUGCUUUACAGUAUUUGAUUUUAACUAGACCUGAUAUUACUUAUGUUGUACAUUUGGUUUCUCAAUUUAUGAAUGCACCUCGUACUACUCAUCUUUUGGCUGUGAAGCGGAUUUACAGAUACUUGCAGGGCACUACAGAUUAUGGUUUGUGGCUUCAAGCCAACCGUGACAUCUCUCUUCUUGUGGCCUAUUCUGAUGCUGAUUGAGCAUGUUGUCCGGAAAGCAGUCGCUCCACCACUGGUUACGCUAUUUUUAUGGGCCCUAAUCUUAUCUCAUGGCGCUCUAAGAAGCAACCUACUGUUUCUAAAUCUUCCACUGAAGCUGAGUAUCGUGCCAUAGCCUAUACUGUUCAGGAUACAAUUUUCAUCCGCUCACUUAUGUCUGAGAUGGGUAUCCAGCUUUCCAAACCGGUUCAGCUCCACUGUGAUAAUGUGUCUGCCUCUUAUUUAGCUGUGAAUCCUAUUCAACAUGACCGCAACCGCCUCUAUGUACGGGCAACAGUUGGAGGAGCGCCAGCAGCGCGUGGUGACAGACUAGGCUUGGCAGGGCCGCAUUGGGCGUCUGAAGAGACGUUGUGGAGGUUCUCAGUUUCUUCGAUCAGUACGAGAGUGAAUUGCACGUGAAAUACAAUAUUGCACCUUGGGAUAGAGCUUUGGAAGAGUGUAUGAUUAAAAAACACAAGCCUCUUGGACAUCUCUAAGGGCAGCUUGCUCGAUAAUGUUUCCUACAAGAUACCUCUUCAUGGCUUUGUCCGCAGUUGGAGCAAUGAACAAACUUGACUUGGCCGCAGCCAUGCUUAUUGCGACCUCCAUUCCUCCUCUUGAAAGUCAUUAUAGCUAGAUUUGAGCUAUGUAUUAGACGAACGGCGUGGUGUAGACUGAGACCUAGGG